AUCGAUACCUAGUAUAUCAACCGAAAAUUUCUUUUGACCAUUUAAAUAGAGUAGUGAAUAUUUAUAAAAAAAAGGGCACUGAAAAUGACUUCGUUGUUGUUACCAAUCAAUCGAAAGUCGCUGAAAACGUUUUAAAGGGAGACAUAGGGCAACAGUAAAUGAACCAAUGUUUGAAAAUACGCGGAUGCCUGAAAAUUUAUUGCCAGUAUUAAUGAAGUGUGUGCUAAAACAUAAUAUAUCUAAAAUACUUGCGUUUGGAGAUUCUAGUGAUUUUGAGGAAUAAUACAAUGAUUUUACACGUUACCGAAUGCCUAAUUACAGUUAGCGUCCCUUUAGCUCAAUAGCAUACAUACACACAAUCAAUUUGUGUACAUAUACAUAACGUGUAUGUACAUAUGUAUGUAGCAUCAGCGGAAAAUGCAGCCAGAACCUGAUUCACAAAGAAAUUGUGAUGCUAUCAUCAAUGUUGGACCAUCCGCAUCAUAGUGCGUCAAAGCCAGUUAAAGUGAAAUAUUCGAAAUAAAACUACUUGGAAACAACCCUAAAAAAUUAGAAAUGGAGUCUAAAUGCCAUCCCAAUGGCAGAGGAGAGUCAAGAGACUAUUUUAUUGAUCAUAACACUUUUUCCGAAACCAAUCUGACUUCCCUGCGAAAUGAAAUUUGUUUCACGGUUCAAUCUGCGUUCAACAUUAUUCAAGCACCAAUGAAAACGAAAUACGGAUAUCGAACUGUUUCCAGAAUGUCAUUAUUAAGUAUUGUAGUGCUUAUUAUAAUAACUAUCCACUUAAGAUUGACGCAUGCCGAUCAGGUUGUUCUGUUGGAUACAACCAGAGAAGCUACAUUGGAGUGGACCAGGUAUCCAUACGGUCCACAAGCCCAAACACCAGGGUGGGUAGAAGAGUCGUUCACAGACUUCGUAAAGGGCAUAAAUUGGAGGAGCUAUGUGGUAUGCGAUGUGGCUUAUCACAAUGUCAACAACUGGUUGUGGUCGCCGUUUAUAGAUCGUGGCCCAGCAAACCGACUCUACAUUGAAAUACAAUUCACAAUACGCGACUGUUCUUUGUUCCCAGGAAACGCUUUGUCAUGCAAGGAAACCUUUAGUUUACUAUUCUACGAGUUUGAUGCUGCCACUCGAGAGCCGCCGCCGUGGCAAACAGACAGCUACAGGCUGAUUGCUCGCAUCGCCGCUGGAGAGGGCCGUUUUAAUCAAAACUCCGAUGUAGAUAUAAACACGGAGGUGAAAAGCAUAGCCGUGAACAAAAAAGGCGUUUAUUUCGCAUUCAGAGAUCAGGGUGCUUGUAUUAGCGUUCUGGCAGUAAAAGUUUAUUAUAUAACGUGUCCUGCUGUUACCGAGAAUUUCGCCCACUUCAACGAAACACCCACGGGAAGAGAAAUAACUAUUAUCGAGAAGCAAAAUGGAACUUGUGUCGAAAACGCGGAACCGUACGAGGCCCCAACAUAUUUAUGCAAAGGUGAUGGAAAAUGGACCAUUCUUACAGGUGGCUGUCGUUGCAAGGUCGGCUAUGAACCGAAUGAAUUAAAUAAAACUUGCACAGAAUGCCCACUUGGUACAUUUAAAUCACCAGACGUAACAAAAUGUACGCCUUGUCCACCUAAUUCAAAUUCUUCAAAAACUGGAUCACCAUUUUGCAAGUGUAUGCCGGGAUACUAUAGACAUCCAAGUGACGGCCGACAUAUGCCUUGUUAUAGUCCACCAGCUGCGCCUUCAAAUCUUACGUUGUUGUUUGUUGAUCAAACGAGUGCCAUAAUAUCUUGGAGCGCUCCAACAAAGAAUAAAACGCACUCGGGCGAAACGCAGUCAAAAAAGUACCACAGUGAUAUUGUGUACAAGAUCCGGUGCAAUAUGUGCAGCCCAAAUGUGAUGUACAAUCCGUCAAGUGACACUUUCAACGAAACGAAAAUAACACUAACAAAUCUUGAACCGGUAACGACUUAUACCGUGCAAAUACACGCAACUAAUGGCGUGUCACAUCUUACCGACUUAAGCCGGCACUCCAACGAAUCGUCACUUAUAGCAACCAAUGAUAUUACGUUUUCUAAUGCGUCGUUUUUUAACAUUCCCUUGGAUUUGAAUGAAGUAAAGACCAGUCACGCCGAAAUAGUUUUUACUACAGAGUCUGUUUUGCUAUCUACAGUAUUUAACCUACGUAUAUUGGCGAUAACUAGUAAGGAUGCCGAUUUAGAGUGGGACAAGCCUGUUCAAAGUGAUUCUCCACUUGAGUUUUAUGAACUGCGCUGGUUUCCCAAGGUAGAAUUAGAUGCCAUUAAUAAAACAGCUUUGAAUACAAAGGAGACAAAGGCACAUAUAGAAGGACUGUUAGAAAAUACCGAAUAUGGAUUUCAAGUUCGCUGUAAAACGAUAAAUGGGUUUGGUUCUUAUAGUAAUAUGAUUUAUGCCCAAACUCUUCAAUCCGUCGGGUCAGUGUAUGACGAUUCCGUACAAAUACGAUUUAUUGCUGGUGCCAUUGUGACGGGCGUCCUUUUUCUAGUGAUUUUCAUAAUAGCUACUGUAUACUUCAUGAGAUCCAAACAUCAGGAUGAACUUGAUAAAAAAUCGACCAAUCAUUUACCUCUACCAUUAGACUACGCUACCAAUGAAGUUAAUUCUAUGGAUACUACUCCAAUUGUCAAAACCCUUCACUUAAACGUGACAACACCUCUAUUUGGAAAUAGUAGGAGUUAUGUAGAUCCGCAUACAUAUGAAGACCCUAAUCAAGCCAUAAGGGAAUUUGCUCGCGAAAUUGAUGCAAACUACAUUACUAUAGAGGCUAUUAUCGGCGGUGGAGAAUUUGGAGAUGUCUGCCGUGGCCGCUUAAAAAUACCACCAAAUUUUGUACAGGACAUUGAUGUGGCCAUAAAGACUUUAAAACCAGGAUCUUCAGAAAAAGCGCGCUGUGACUUUUUGACGGAGGCUUCCAUUAUGGGACAGUUCGAUCAUCCCAAUGUUAUUUAUCUACAGGGAGUAGUUACACGCUCAAAUCCAGUAAUGAUUAUUACAGAGUACAUGGAAAACGGCAGCCUAGACACAUUUCUUCGUGUGAAUGAUGGAAAGUUUCAAACCUUACAGCUAAUAGUAAUGCUACGAGGUAUUGCCAGCGGGAUGGCAUAUUUAAGUGAUAUGAAUUAUGUACACAGAGACUUGGCGGCACGAAAUGUUCUUGUUAAUGCCCAAUUAAUAUGCAAGAUCGCGGACUUUGGGUUAUCACGCGAAAUUGAGAACGCCAGUGAUGCCUACACAACACGGGGUGGUAAAAUUCCAGUACGUUGGACUGCGCCAGAAGCUAUUGCCUUUAGAAAAUUUACUUCCGCAUCGGAUGUUUGGUCUUAUGGAGUAGUUUUAUGGGAGGUUAUGUCGUACGGAGAGCGUCCAUAUUGGAACUGGUCAAAUCAGGACGUGAUAAAGAGUAUAGAAAAGGGCUACCGUUUACCAGCUCCCAUGGACUGUCCAGAAGCCCUCUACCAGCUAAUGUUAGAUUGCUGGCAAAAGCAACGUACUCAUCGUCCCACAUUUGCCAGCAUCGUUUCAACUCUUGACAACUUGGCAAGACAACCACAGUCAUUAUUGACAACUCGAAACUCGCCCGAAUCAGACGGUACGCAUAUUUUGGAUACACAGCGUGGUCAAAAUAUUUUUAUAAGCACCGACCUUUGGUUGGAGCAUAUUAAAAUGUCAAGAUACUGUCAUCAUUUUAAAGAGGCUAAUUUAAUUAAUGCUCAACAGAUUUCUAGGUUAACAGCUCAACAAUUGUCGGAUAUGGGUAUUACUUUGGUGGGACAUCAAAAAAAGAUUUUACACCAAGCCCGGCAACUGGACACUAUAAUAUAAUCGUUCUAUUUUGACUUAGUAGUCUAAGAUGUACAUAUAAAUAAUAUAAUAUAUAUUA